AUGGAUAUCUUACAGAUACUUAGGGGUAGAGUUUGCCGCAGGUUUAAGGUGUUACCUAGUGGUAUCGUAGCAGGAGCCGAAUUAAAACAAGUGAGGAGAAACUUUUGCUUCUCUAAGAUGUUUCAGUGUGGAGAGUUGGUUCAUUGUGCCAAUGUUUGCAAUAGUGGAGAGUUUAAUGCUAGUGAUGAGUUGCUCAUUUCAGCUAAGAUAGUGAAUGAGUUUGUAAAGGAUGAUACUUCAAUAUUUAUGAUAUUAGCUUAUAUGAAGGCAGAAAAUGAUAUCAGUGAUAUCCCGCCAGAGCGCGAAGUUGAAUUUACUAUCGACUUAGUACCUGGUACUAAUCCAGUGUCGAUGGCUCCUUAUAGGAUGUCUGCCUCAGAGUUGAGUGAACUGAAGAAGCAUCUUGAAGAUCUGCUUGAAAUGAAGACUUAUGAUUUGAUGGAUCAGCCGAUAGGUGCCUGUGUGUUUAGCAAGAUCGAUCUUCGUCCGAGUUGUCAUCACAUUCGUGUGAAGCUUGAAGAUAUUUUGAAGGCUGCUUUCAGAACAAGGUAUAAACAUUAUGCGUAUUCAGUAAUGUCAUUUGAUGAUAUCCUGAUAUACUCAAAGUCUGAUGAAGAGCAUGUAGAACAUCUGAGAAUUGUAUUACAGACAUUGAAAAAGAACCAAUUGUAUGCAAAGUUGUCCAAGUGUGAGUUCUCGUUAAGAGAAAAGAUGGGUCUAUGUGAGGUGUUGAUGCAGAAUGGUCAGGUUGCGGCUUACGCUUCUAGACAGUUGAAGGUUCAUGAGAGGAAUUAUCCUACGCAUAUUCUUUAG